GCUGCAGGCGGGCGCGCAUGCGCCUUAUGCCGGUUGUUGCUGGCGCGUGCGCGUAUCAGCCUUGGCUGGCCGGUGUAUGUCCGCUGGAUUGUGAGGCCCGGGGUCUGGGCUCCGCCGUGGUACAGAAAUGCUGUGCCGGCUCGGCGGUCGGUGGCUGCGGCGGCUCCCUGCCCUGCAGCUUUGGGCUAGGGACCCGCCGCUUGCGCCGGUUCCUACGAGCGGCGCCAAGCGCCCCACUCUCCCAGUGUGGGCAGUGGCACCAGUCUCUGCAGUACAUGCGAACGGCUGGUACGAGGCCCUGGCCGCGUCUUCGCCUGUGCGGGUUGCGGAGGAAGUACUGCUCGGCGUGCACGCAGCCACGGGCCUGCCCUGGUGGGGCAGCAUUCUGCUCUCCACCGUGGCCUUACGGGGUGCUGUCACGCUGCCUUUGGCCGCCUACCAGCACUACAUCCUGGCCAAGGUGGAAAAUUUGCAGCCAGAAAUAAAAACUAUUGCCAGGCAUCUUAACCAAGAAGUUGCAGUUCGUGCAAAUCAGUUGGGGUGGUCCAAAAGAGAUGCCAGGCUCACUUAUCUAAAGAAUAUGAGGAGGCUAAUUUCAGAGCUAUAUGUGCGAGAUAACUGCCACCCUUUCAAAGCCACUGUGUUGGUUUGGAUUCAACUUCCAAUGUGGAUCUUCAUGUCUUUUGCUCUCCGGAAUUUAAGCACAGGGGCAGCACAUUCAGAAGGUUUUUCUGUUCAGGAGCAGUUAGCUACUGGUGGGAUUCUGUGGUUUCCUGACCUCACUGUACCGGACUCCACGUGGAUUCUGCCUAUCUCUGUUGGCGUCAUCAAUUUGUUAAUAGUGGAGAUUUGUGCUCUACAAAAAAUUGGAAUGUCUCGUUUUCAGACAUAUAUUACAUACUUUGUCCGUGCAAUGUCGGUGUUGAUGAUACCAAUUGCUGCAACGGUACCCUCAUCAAUUGUUCUCUACUGGUUAUGCUCCAGCUUCGUGGGCCUUUCACAGAAUUUGCUGCUGCGUUCUCCUGGAUUUCGCCAACUUUGCCGAAUACCAUCGACCAAGUCAGAUUCAGAAACUCCUUAUAAAGACAUAUUUACUGCCUUUAAUGCCAAGUUCAUUUCAAGAAAAUGACAUAUUUUCCAAUAAUUUUGAAACAGUUGUAAGAGUCACUAUCACCUUAAUGUAUUUAGACUUAGAAAUUCAGAUGUUACUUGAUUUCCUUUUAUUUAAAAUCAUUAACUUCAUGAAAUAUUGUAGGCUAAGAUGUAAUCCAGACCAGGCACAGUGGCUCAUGCCUGUAAUCUCAGCACUUUGGGAGGCCUAGGUGGGUGGAUCACCUGAGGUCAGGAGUUCGAGACCAGCCUGGCCAAUAUGGUGAAACCCUGUCUGUACUAAAAAUACAAAAAAAUUACCUGAGCGUAGUGGCAGGCACCUGUAAUCCCAGCUACUUGGGAGGCUGAGGCAGGAGAAUCGCUUGAACCUGGGAUACAGAGGUUUCAGUGAGCUGAGAUCACCCCAUUGCAUUCCAGCCUGGACAAUAAGAGUGAAACUCUGUCAAAGAAAAAAAAAAGAUGUAAUCCAGAUAUAGUUGACAGUAAUUAAAAUCUUUUAAAUGUUAUAAAUGCAGUCUGUUUAAUUGUGAAAGUAUUAGAAUAGAACCAAAGUGCCUGUCUCUGUUUAUAAAGUUACAAUUUGUUAGAGCUACCAGAACUUUGGAGAAUAGGGUUAGCUACUGAAUGAUGGCAAAUUAAACAAUACUGCAUAUUACUGUUUUGUAAAAUAAGAGGAUCAGUGAGAUGAUUCAUGGCUUUUUUUUUUUUUUUUUUUUUUUGAGAUGGAGUCUCACUGUGUCGCCCAGGCUGGAGUGCGGUGGCGCAAUCUCAGCUCACUGCAACCUCCACCUCCUGGAUUCCAGCGAUUUUCCUGCCUCAGCCUCCAAGUAUCUGGGAUUGCAGGCGCACACCACCACGCCCAGCUAAUUUUUGUGUUUUUAGUAGAGACGGGGUUUCACCAUGUUGGGCAGGCUGGUCUGGAACUGCUGACCUCAAGUGAUCCACCCGCCUUGGCCUCCCAAAGUGCUGGGAUUACAGGCAUGAGCCACCUCACCCAGCAUUUUUUUUUUUAAUUUUUUUAAUGAGACGGAGUCUCUCUCUGUCACCUAGGCUGGAGUGCGGUGGCACGAUCUCGGCUCACUGCAACCUCUGCCUCCCGUGUUCAAGCAAUUCUCCUACCUCAGCCUCCUGAGUAGCUGGGACUACAGGGGUGCACCACCAUGCCCAGCUAAGUUUUGUAUUUUUAGUAGAGAUGGGGUUUCACCAUGUUGGCUAAGCUGGUUUUGAACUCCUGGCCUCAAGUGAUCUGCCCACCUCGGCCUCCCAAAGUGCUGGGAUUACAGGCGUGAGCCACUGCGCCCAGCUGAGAUGUUUCUUAGUAUUUUGGAGGUGGAGAGGAUUUUAGACCUCUUUGAGCAAUCUGAAAAAAGGCUAUAUAUGUAUGGUUUUCUCUUCAGAAAAAUCUUAAGACUCACAAUACGGGGACUUCCUUGUUACCAGGAAGGUUUUCUGGCAACUCCUAGUUAAUCUUAUUCUAAUGGAACAUACAUUGAUCCUGAGUUAAUGCGUGGUUGAAAAAGAAAAGGGGGGGCGACUUGAAAUAUAUGCAGUAGAGUAGUCUAUGCAUACAAGUACCUAACAUGGUAGAUGAUGUUGCCUCCCAGCCCUGCUCAGAAAGAAUACAAAAAGUGUACAUUCCUUUUUCUAUAAUUUAAGAAGUCUGGAAUACAGAGUAUAGCACUGUGUACUGCUAGCACCCAAAGUGAAAAAUCUUAAGCAUUCAGUUUGUUUAGUCAAAGAAGGAAACUAGAAGGGAAGUUGCCUACUGAGGUGAUUUUAAACCUGUUUAUUUGUAAGGAUUAAGUACCCUAAUAGGUUUAAACUAUGAUAGAGGUUUAAUACAGGAAAAAUUGACAGGUAUUAUAAAUUGUGGAUCCAGUUACUUGCUUAUUUAAUUUGUAAAGAGGUAAAAUUAGCUCUGGUUGAGAUAUCAAGUAUGACAGGUAUUUGAGAAGGCUAUAAAUCAUAAAUUUUCAUUUAGUUAAAAUAUGGACCUGAUUCUGGGAAACCCUAUCAUUCCAUCUCAAUGUUUUACAAUAAAAUAAAAACUGAAGUGAAAUUCAUUAGUCAUUUCUUUGAUUGAUGUCUCUUAAAUUUUAGUUCACCUACUUAAUGAAGUUAUAACGUUUUUUAAUAGAAAAAAAUGUACAGCAUACAGAGAUAAGAACUCUGCUUCCCUGAGAAUUUAUUUUAGACAUAGAUGGUGGCAAUUAAGACUACGUUCUUUUUUCAUUCAAGUUCCUAGUCCUGGUUUCUGACUGUCCUAUUGGGGCAAUUGUGCUUUCCAACUACAUUGAAGGAAUUGAAACGUCCUCAUUAUUUGUGGAUUUUAUAUUUGUAAAUUUGCCUACUUGCCCAAAUCUAUACAUAACCCCAGAACCAGUAUUUGCACAAGUGCUUUUGAGGCCAUUUGUAGGCAAAAAUGUAAGUCACCUCCCAACAGAAGUCAAACAAAUUGUACUCUGCCUUCUAGUUUCAGCUCUCAUACCAUAAACAUGUAUCCUUUUUGAGUCUACUUAGUCCCAUGUCUUCCUAAUUUCUGUUCUUUUUGUUGGUGAUUUCACUGUUUAAAAUGGCCUCCAAAUGGCUUGCUGGAGUGCUGUCUACUGUUCCUAAGCUCAGGAAGGCUGUGAUGUGCCUUAAGGAGAAAAUAAGUGUAUUAGAUAAGCUUCAUUCAUGCACGAGUUAUAACGCUGUUGGCAGAGAGUUCAGUGUUACUGAAUCAACAAUAUGUUGCAUUGAUCUGUUGAUAAAAACAAAGCUUGCAGAAACCUAACCCUCUAUGUUUUCUAGGAGCAGUGGUUUGGUCUUCACUACUUCAGUGUUUGUGGACUUUAUGGAACAUAAGUACCACAAAUAAUGCAAAUUGACUAUAUUUGCAGCAUGUACAAUCAAAGAUGCAGAGGCAGAAAUGUGUGUGCAACUUAGGUCAUAGUAAAAAGAGGAAAUAAUUUGAGGAAAAUUUUGCCAGUUACAAAUUACCUCUGGAAUAACUUUGCCUUUGCCGUGUGUAUUACUGUGUACUCACUCAGAUAUUUUCCUCAUAAUGGCAUGAGGGAAAUCAGUCUCCUUUUCCAAUUGUGUUUGUCACUUUUGCUGAGACGCAAAAAAUAACGUGCUAUGAUAUUGUGGAAUAUGUAUUUGGUUUUUAUCCCCAAUCCCUAACAUCCAGCGGAAUCUGCAGAGUUAAGUGUCUUUUGUAUGCUCAUGUGAUGACUGGUGGCUGGGGGCCCCUAGAAAGUUUCAGGAUAGGGCAGAUCCUUGUGGCCAGGAGUUCCAGAUCAGCCUGGGCAACAUAGUGAGACCUUGUUGCUACAAAAAAGAAAGUAGGAAAAAACAUCUUUGGUUUUUCCUAUCUCCAGAUACUCCCUUUUCAAAUAAAUGAAUCUCCUUUCAUGUGCAUAAUUUACCUUGUUUACUGUGAGUCCCCUUGACUUCAAAAUGUAUAUUUGUGUCUUUUCACAAAUGUAUAUUGUGCUUAGUUUCCUGUUGCUCUCCCAUUGUCAAACUUUCAAACAUGAAAUUUCUUUUCAAAUAUAUACAGGAAGUUUCAGAAUACAAGGCCCUUCCUCCAAGAUUCCAAAAUAAUUUCUCACAAGUGGGGGUUGCUGGGAUCUUGGGAUAAAGAAAACUGGUGUAUUAUGAACUGAAGUGAAUCAGUUACCUGAAGUUACCUGACUUCAGGAUGGUAAAUACUCUUGAUUUUUCAGGCAGAUUUUUUUUAGUAAAGAGCAAAACAUCCAUAUUGUAUUUCAGAAAAUUGUAAGUCUGUGGUCUUAUUUCCAACAGUUUGUCAUAGCCUGGAGCAGUUCCAGAACCUGAAUGAAGUCAGGGCUAUAGAACGGGGAAUAUACAUGCUCUUAAGACCCCUUGAUGUCUUGCUGUCUGGCUUGCCUAUACCCCUCAGUUGUUGAGGCUCUGCGCUGGGCCCUGCAGAGUUCAGGAAGGUUUUGUCUCCUUAGGUGAGGACUGUAAUGUUUGUGUUACCCUUCCCCACAGGGGUGUUACCCACCCUUCUCCUUACAGGAGAUCUGUUUUUCCUGUGGGUCUCAUUUUUGUCUCUAGGCCAGAUUCACUCUCUUAAUGAAUGCUUCUCAUUUCAAGAGUCAGGAAGGGAGACUCACUCCUGGAUCAAUUUAUAGUAUUUAUACCAUUAGGAUACCUGAGUUCAAAAGUAUAUUAAUAGAUAGAAUUGGCAUAUCUGAAAUGAUCCCAAAUUACUUUUCCCUGGGACCAUUAGAAGAGAAAACUGAACAAAUCCCAUCCUAGUCAGAUGUCCUAAGUGGGAAGAUGAGGCUUACAAAGGAAAACCAAAAUUCUUAAUUGCCACCCUCACAGAUAACCCAGGAGAAGUUGCAUAGCCUCAUUAAGAACCUCGAGGGAAAAGCCAAACUUGGGGAGAAGACUUUUCAGGUACGUUUAACAGCACUCAAGAGCUAAAGACCAUUUCUUCAUCUAAGAACCACACAUUCACCCGUCCAAACCAAAAGAACAGACUUGGAGACCCCAAGAACAGUGGAAGCGAGACUUUUAAUGGCAGUCUUGCAAGAUUGGGUGUCUGGUGGGCAGGCACACCUGGGGCAGUUACAGCAGGUAAUUUAUCUCCUAGCACACAAGUCCCUCCCCCAGUUUCUGAUUGGUUAAGUACUAUGAGAUUACAGUCUUAACAGACAUCGCGUAAGUUUCCUUAUCCCCCUCGUAAGGUUAUAUACCCCAUUCCCUUCGCCCCUUAAGUUUUGAUUUCCCAAUAAUGAAACUUUCUUCCCUUUAAUGGGCUGACUCCUCCUCUACAUUCUGUUCUUUUAUUGUGACCUUCUAGGUGCAUGAGCAGUGCGGUUUGUUACAUACCAAGGCUGGCUGCCAGUGGUUAGAUUUAUCAUGCCUUGAAAAUGGACCAUUUAAAAUGUUUUCUCACAGUUCACAUCUCAGAGAAGGUACAGAGGUCCUCCUAGACGACACUGGGAAAAUUGUAGUUUAUGUGAAAAAAUGAGUGCCCCAAAAAACCUUGGUACCUUCUGUGUUUUGCUAUUUUUCUUUAUUGGAUGCAUAAUCUGCUUAUAUUUUGCACCUAUUCUUAAAUCACCCUUAUACCUUCAUAUUUUGUUCUAAGAGUCCCAGGAAUCACCUUUUGUUUGUUUUCAGGAGUCACCUUUAAAAUUGCAUAUCUGUCAGAUUUAAGUCCCAGAAGCAGUAGGAAUGCAGACCCUAGAAAAAAACAUUAAAGAAAGUAGUUUGCUUUUUCCUCUGGGUGUUAACUGCAGCUACUACAGAAAGCAGACUUUGGAAUUUCAGGCAUAACAUUUGAAACCAUGCAAGAAUUUAGAUUUCUGUAUUAAAGCUAAAUAAAGCUUCAUGCAAAUAUGAUGUAAAACAAUGCAUUAUCAUUAUAAACACGUGCCUUACGAGCUGGUUCAAGCAGAACCCAGAUAAUCUGGAAGUUAUAUGAAUUUAUAGAUUUUCCAUUUGAACCUUAUUAGUGUUGCUUAAACUUGUAAUAAUGGAUAUUUUCUAGUUAUCUGUUUUCUUUUUUCAUAUACUGUGAUUGUAUUUUAUGAAAUCAUUUGGUUUGGGGAAGUUGGAAUUUCCAAAAGCCACAGCAUUAAAGUCAGAUAAUUUUAUUUAUACAAAA